GGGCGGUGCCGGGCGGUCCCGGGCGGUCCCGAGCCGCCCCCGGGCCGCGGUGACAUCAGCCGUGAAAAGGGCGCGGGCGGCGGCAUCCGGCACUGCCGCCCCGGGAGCGCGGGACCGGCGCCGCAGACCCCCCCUGCUGUCAGCAUGGCAAACCGGGGCCCGUCGUACGGGCUGAGCAGGGAGGUGCAGCAGAAGAUCGACCGGCAGUACGACCCCGAGCUGGAGCAGGUGCUGGUGCGCUGGAUCCUGGCGCAGUGCGGCAGCGACGGCGUGGCACAGCCGGCGCCCGGCAGGGACGGCUUCCAGCAGUGGCUGAAGGACGGCACGGUGCUGUGCCGGCUCAUCAACAGCCUCCACCCGCGGGGACAAGCGCCCGUGGCCAAAAUCCAGGCGUCGGCCAUGGCCUUCAAGCAGAUGGAGCAGAUCUCGCAGUUCUUGCAGGCGGCUGAGCGCUACGGCAUCGCCGCCACCGACAUCUUCCAGACCGUGGAUCUCUGGGAAGGGAAGAACAUGGCGUGUGUGCAGAGGACCCUGAUGAACCUGGGCAGCCUGGCCGUGGCCAAGGGCGAUGGGCUCUUCGUGGGAGACCCCAACUGGUUCCCCAAGAAGUCGCAGGAGAACCGGCGCGUCUUCUCCGAGGACAAGCUGAAGGAGGGGCAGAGCGUCAUCGGGCUGCAGAUGGGCACCAACCGGGGCGCCUCGCAGGCUGGCAUGACGGGCUAUGGGAUGCCCCGCCAGAUCCUCUGAGCGCCCCCAGAACCCCCCCCAAGCCCUCUGCCUGCCAGGGACCACCCCCAAACCGCCUUAACCCCCGCCGUGGACCAGUCGGGUGCCCCCCGGCCCAGGCAGCCGCCCCCCCUGCCGGUUUUGUCAGGACCAAAGUCAUUUUUUUAUUAUUAUUAUUUAGCUGUGCCUUGGGGGCUGCUGGAAGCCCCCCAGUGUUUUGGGGAGCGACCCCUUGUGCCCCAAUAAACGGCAUUUAAUUGUCUUCUU